ACAUUCUUCCAGGCCCAAGAAAACUCCAGUUUCCAGUGGGUCACGUCAAAAAUCUGUCAAUUUUUAUGAAGAUUCUAUUGUGCACAUCGUAAGCCUCCGCCAAUUGUAAUAAAUUUACACAUUUUGCAAAGUACAAUAUAAUUUUUACAAAAUAUGAGCUCUGCCAAAAUGCUUAACUUGUCGAGAGUCGUUGUUCGCAAUCUUACCACAACCUCUGCACGUCGUACUGCAGCCAAAAACGAGAUUGAUAAAGGCUACUUCGAACUGAAGAAGGUGCAAGAGCACUUCCAAAAGCAUGAUGGCAAGCCAGUGUUCCUCAAGGGAUCUUUUGCUGAUCAACUUCUGUAUCGUCUUACCGUCGCUUUAAGUUUGGCCGGUAUUGGUGGUAUGGUUAAAUUGUUCUACGACUUGAGCGUCCCAAAAAGCCAAGAUUAAAUGCAUGACAAGAGCUACGUAGCAAAACUCUUGUAAUUAAUGUUUUAAAUUAAGCUCCUAAAGUAGAAAAAUAUACGACUAAUCUUGAUGUAAUUGUAUGUUUCCUUGUUUUGUGUGUUGUCCAUAUGAUGUUGAAUGCUGAAGUGGCGAAUAUAUCCUCUUGUUUGUCAUUACCAUUUAAAAUGUUAAGCAGCUGAGCAUUCACACAAAUGCAUUUAAAACUUGGAAAUAUACUUUAUAUAAAAACAUCGGCCUUUAAACCUCAUUAAAAUUGAAGGAAAA